UGAUGGUUUUGUGAUAUGCAGUCAGACAUAAGAAUCAUGAAUGACCAAAUACUCACCUUGAAGAAAGAACGGCAGGAGUUGCCUGCCUAUAAAGCUCGGAAUCAAAUUAUUUCCCAUAUUCAGCGGUUGUCAACUGCAAUAGUUAUAGGAGAGACAGGAAGUGGAAAGACAACACAAGUUCCACAGUAUUUAUAUGAAGCUGGUCUUCAUCAAAAUGGAGUUAUUGCUAUUACACAGCCUCGCAGAGUGGCAGCAAUGUCUAUUUCCCAGCGAGUUGCAGCAGAACGACAGUGCAAUGUUGGCGAAUUGGUUGGUUAUUCAGUACGAUUUGAUGACAUGACAUCAGGCUGUACCAAAAUAAAAUAUAUGACGGAUGGAAUGCUGUUAAGGGAAGCCAUAUUGGAUCCUUUAUUAAAACGGUACACACACCUACUGAUAUAUAUAUAUACCCACACACACACAUACACAUCGUUUACACUCAUCCCUAUUUUCUAACGCCCUCACCCACUCGUAAUAAUCCAUUUCUACUUUCCUCUGUUCCAGAUCAUUAUCAUGUCUGCCACAAUGGAUGUCGACCAUUUCUCCUCAUAUUUCAGUUCUUGUCCUGUUCUUUACCUUGAAGGAAGACAAUUCGCAGUAAAGCUCUAUUACACUUCAGAACACCAAUCAGAUUACUCUUUUUCUGCAUUAGUCACCGUUUUCCAAAUCCACAGAGAAGUUCCUCCUGAUGAGGAUAUCUUGGUUUUCCUAACUGGUCAGGAAGAGAUUGAAUCCAUUGUCAAACAGAUCCGAGAUAUUUCCAAAGACUUAAUUGGUGAAGCACCACCUAUGUGUGUCUAUCCGUUAUAUGCUGCUCAAGCACCGAUUGCUCAGUUACGAGUUUUCACUCCUGCUCCAAAAGGAACACGGAAGGUAAUUGUUGCUACUAAUGUUGCUGAGACAUCUUUGACCAUUAAAGGCAUCAAACAUGUUGUAGACUCUGGGAUGGUGAAAGCCAAACUUUUCAAUCCUUCAAUUGGUUUAGAUCUUUUGAAAGUGGUGAGAGUGUCGAAGGCACAGGCUAUACAGAGAACUGGUAGAGCUGGAAGGGAGUCACCAGGUACUUGUUACAGACUUUAUACAGAGCAGGAGUUUGAGAGUUUUCAACCAAAUACUCUUCCAGAAAUACAACGGUGUAAUUUAUCUGGAGUUGUGUUGCAGAUGUUGGCCAUGGGUAUUAGUGAUGUUGUUAACUUUGACUUCAUGGACAAACCAACAACACAGUCAAUCAUAAAUGCUCUGGACCAGCUGAAUUUUUUAGGGGCUGUGGAAAAGAAAGAAAAAAUCCAGUUAACAUCCAUUGGUAAACAAAUGGCUGCAUAUCCUCUAGAUCCACGACUUGCGAAAGUAAUAUUGGUUGCAAAAGAUUUUAAUUGUUUAGAUGAAAUCUUAAGCAUUGUGUCUCUUCUGUCAGUUGAUUCUUUAGUCUUUAAUCCUCAAAGACAACAUGAAGAAGCUUUGGCAGCAAGAAAAAAAUUUGAGUCACCAGAAGGAGAUUUCAUGACUUAUUUAAAUAUCCUGCGAGCCUACAAAGCUGGCAAUAGCAACAAGAAAUGGUGCCGAGAAAAUUUUGUGAAUUCAAAAAAUGCUCAGAUGGCAUUAGAUGUACGUAAGCAGCUACGUACAAUCUGUAUGGACCAAUCGUUUCAGAUAAACUCCUCCGUCAGAGAUUCAUCAGCAGCAGUCAGGAAAUGUUUGGUUGCUGGUUUUUUUAUGAAUGCUGCUGAACUUGAGAAAGAUGGCAACUAUAUUACGUUGUCAACAAGAAAAGUGUGUGCCAUCCAUCCAUCAUCAUCACUGUUCAAUUGUAAACCAGCAUACGUGAUAUAUAGAGAACUGGUGCAGACUACAAAGUGUUACAUGAGAGAUGUCUGUGUGGUUGAUCCCGAUUGGCUUUAUGAUGCUGCACCGAAUUAUUUCAAGAAAAAGUAAUUUCCAUUUUUGCUGCUGAACACAUCUGCUCAUUAUAGGACAUCUGUUGUAGGACAUAUCUGCUCACUAAAAGACAUCUAUUGAAUAACGUGAUUGGACACUUGUUGCAUAUGACACCUGCUCACUAUAGAACAUCUGCUAUAGAACUUCUGCUGGGUAAUAUAUGCAGUAGGACAUCUGCAGUAACAAAAUCUGCUGUGUGACAUUUACUAUAACACACAUUCCGUAUAUUGUUAUCUACUACAUCCACAUCUGUUAUACAUAGAGUACUAUACCUAUGUACUGCAGUCCACCUAUCACAACACAAUCACCGUAACAGAAGGCAGGGAAAUGGGAAUGAAUCCAUUAAAAUCUGUAAAUAAAACCAUUUUAUAUAUA